AUGGAAAACCAGGAUUUCAGUAUAGCGAUUCAAUCGAUAAGUGAAGAUGCUAGCCAGCAGUGGACUCGGAUACCUUCAUAUGCCGUCGAGGUGGCCAAUGCCAACAUCGCUUCCAACGAUUUUCACCGGCACACAGUCGCACUGGCUUCAUUCGACUUUACUGGUCACGUCAAAGUCAAAGUCACAUAUGGACCAUUACCAGUGAACUCAGCAGUGAUUCGACCGCUUUCACUCAAUAUUGAGACUGAGUUAGAAAACAAUCAAAUCACUUUUACACUGGACAAAGCACGGGAUAUCAUGCUGGAGUUGAACGGAGACAAGUGGAAGGCUCUACAUCUUCUCACAAAUAACAUCGAUGACAAUACACCAACGAAUGAUACAGAUGACACUUGGUAUUUCGGACCAGGGAUCAAUCAGGGAUCUGCGUACGCAAAGGUCACUGAUGGCGUCAACCUCGUGGUUCCGUCAGGAAAGACAAUCUACCUCGCUGGUGGAGCCUUCAUUACAUGCAGAUUGAACUUCGUGAACGUUUCAAACAGUGCAGUACGAGGACACGGAUUCAUUCUUGGACCAAAGGGCGGGUUCACCCACCGCGAGCUCGGCGGGGCUAUCCACAUGAGUCGCGCGACAAACAUCCGCGUGGAAGGAGUAACAUCACUGGGGGCAAACGGCUUCAGCCUGUCAGCCGGAGAGUGUCACAACGUAGUGAUCGAUCGAUACCGGUCUUUUUCGUCUGCCGGCAACGGUGAUGGAAUUGAUAUCUUCUGCUCAACAAGAAUCACAAUACAAAAUUGCUUUCUGCGAAAUUCCGAUGACACAAUUGCCCUCUACUCUCACCGAUGGGACUGGUAUGGUGACUCCAAAGACAUUUUGAUCCAAAAUUGUGUUCUUCUCCCGGACAUUGCACACGCGAUCAAUAUGGGCACUCACGGCAAUCCCGCGAAACCAGAGACUACCAGCAAUGUCACCAUUCGAAACAUAGACAUCUUGGACCACGAGGAGAACCAGAUGUGGUACCAGGGCUGCAUAGCCAUUAACGCGGCAGAUAUGAAUCUAUUUGAAGACAUUCACAUCGACAAUAUUCGAGUCGAGAGGAUCACGCGUGGUCAGCUGUUCAACGUUCGUGUCAUGCAAAAUGGAAUGUGGACCACCGCGCCUGGACGCGCCAUCCGGAAUGUUACUUUCAAAGACGUGGCCUUGAAUAUGCGUGAUUCAAAGGUGGUGAACCCAUCCAUGAUAUUGGGUUAUGGCCAGGAUCAACAAGUUGAGAACAUCACUUUUGAGAAUCUGAACAUCGGGAAUAAAGUCAUUCACGAAGGAAUGGACAAGCCCAAAUGGUACAUGGUGUCAGAUUCGGUUCCUUUAUUUGUGAAUGAGCAUGUAAACGGUGUGAGGUUCAUUAAAACGACGUAG